AUGACUAAUAUAUCAUUAUAUGAUCGAUUAAAGCAAGAAGAAGGACACAAUUCUUCAUUUGAUGAUGAUGAUUUUGAAUUACCAGAAUUGAGACCUGACGAAACUAUAUAUAGUAAAAGCGCUGGCGACAUCGAUGAUUUUAAUGAUGAUGUUCAUCUUUUGUCUCGCGACAAAUCGGAAAAUCAAAUUUAUCUUGAAAAUUCCCCAAUACCAAUGGUUGCUGCGGCUGUUAGUAUUAAGGAUGAUCCUUCUCUACCAUGUCUAACUUUUCGUUUUUGGGUUCUAAGUUUCAUAUUUACCGCACUUGGAGCUGCUGUAUCUGAAUUUUAUUAUUUCAGAUCAAAUGGUGGUGGAUACUCAAUUUUUUUCGUGUUGCUCGUUUCUUUUGUUAUGGGUAAAUGGAUGGCUCAUGCACUUCCUAUUGAUGAAUUCAGGAUCUGGAACUGGAGAUUUACAUUAAAUCCAGGUCCAUUUAAUAUAAAAGAACAUGUGCUUAUUGCUGUUGCUGCAGGAGCCGGAGGUGGCUCAGCUUAUGGCACCGAUAUUAUCGCCAUACAAGAACUUUUCUAUAAUCAACAUUCUGGAUUUAUAAUAGGAAUAUUGCUUUUAUUGAGCACACAAAUGAUUGGAUAUGGAUUAGCCGGAUUCUUACGAAAAUAUCUUGUCCGACCAGCAAACAUGUUGUGGCCAUCAAAUUUAGUGUUUUCGAGUCUUUUCUCGACGCUUCACGGAAAUGUGACAGAAACGCGUGAUAAGCUUAGAUUCUUUUAUAUCGCAUUCAUUUGCAUGUUUGCAUGGCAAUUUUUCCCUCAAUACAUAUUUACUAUGUUGACGAGUAUAUCGAUAUUAUGUCUGAUGGUGCCGUUUAAUUCAGAUAUUGUUCGUUUUGGUAGCGGAUAUCAUGGAUUGGGAAUAUUGAAUUUUUCUUUGGAUUGGAAUGCAGUUGGACAACCAGGUCCACUUUACACUCCAUGGUGGGCACAAGUUAACUGGUAUGCCGGUGUGAUUAUUGGAUCAUGGAUCAUCGCACCGAUUUUGUAUUACAAUGAUGUUUGGAUGGCAAAAACGUUUCCUUUUUUGGCGACUUAUUCUUUGGAUAAAGAUGGAAUAAGAUAUAAUCAAACCGCGAUCAUUGAUAGCUAUACGGGAUCAUUGAAUGAAACAGCAUAUAAAGAAUAUGGUCCUGCCUAUUUAAGUGUAACUUUUGCUGUUGGAUAUUUUUAUUCUUUUAUAUCUUUUUCGGCAGCAAUUAGCCACGUAGCUUUAUUUUACGGAGAUGAAAUCUGGGGAAGAUUCAAGGCUAGUCGAUCUGAAGAAGUUGAAGAUAUUCAUUGUAAAAUGAUGAAAAAUUAUGAAGGCACGAAAUAUGAUACCUAA